GGGAACAUAACGUUGAUUUCAUUGUUUAUCUUUUGUCUACGUUGUAUACAAGAAACUCGUAUAUACUAUAAAUCAAUGCAAGUUAAAUAAACACAGUACAAAAUUUUGGAGUGAUGCCAUUUAUGUCAAAAUCUUGGAAGUAGCAACAGAAUCAGUUCAAUAUGCAACGCGUUAGUGGCAGGAGACUUAGGAAGGCCUAUACUGAUGAAGAUGGAAUGGCCAUUGAGGAGUUUAGGGAAUGUGGUGAACAGAUAAUUGACUUAAUACGUGAUUAUAAAGAGCAUAUCAACUUAUUGAAAGCACGAUCAGACAAAAAGCCUUUCUACCUGCAGCCACUUAUGCCAGACCAUGCUCCUGAGAAACCAGAAGAUUGGGAUACAAUAAUGGCUGAUUUUGAAGAUUAUAUAUUGCCUGGUGUGAACCAUGUAAACCAUCCAUGUUGUUUCUCUUAUACUCCUGCAGCAAAUUCAUAUCCUGCAAUUCUUGGUGACAUGUUAUCCAGUUCCAUAGCAUGCCAUAAUUUUUCAUGGUUUUCAAGUCCAGCCGCCACUGAAUUGGAGAUGGUAGCUUUGGAUUGGUAUGCUAAAGCAAUAAAUCUACCAAAAACAUUCUUUCAUUCAUUUACAAGGAGCAAAGGUGGAGGAUGUAUUCAGGGUUCACCAAGUGAAUGUAUCUUUAUAUCACUCAUUGCUGCACGCCAUCAGGCUAUUAAAGCAUUGAUGGUUGAUAAAAAGAAGGAUGAAAUAGUAGAAAGCUGUAAAAUUCUGAGUAAGCUUGUAGCUUAUACAUCAAAAGAAUCUUGCCCAAGUAUUGAAAAAGCAGCCAAACUCUCUUAUGUGAGACUACGUCUCUUGAAUGUUGACAAGAAUAAUUGUCUUCGAGGUGACAUAUUAAAGAAGGCAAUAGAAGCUGAUAUAAGGGAAGGGUUUGUUCCAUUCUAUGUAGCUGCAACACUUGGUACAACCACAGUGUGCUCAUUUGAUAAUGUAAAGGAAAUUGCUCAAGUCUGUAGUGACUACUCUCUUAUCUGGCUUCAUGUAGAUGCGGCAUAUGCAGGCAAUGCUUUUAUUUGCCCAGAAUUUAGAUAUUUGAUGAGUGGUAUCGAAUAUGCACGAUCAAUAAAUGUCUGUCCCAGCACGUGGUUUCUAGUCAAUUUUGACUGUUCAUGCCUGUGGGUCCAGAACUAUCAACACCUUAUUGAAUCACUGGCAGUAAACAAAUUGUAUUUGCAAGAUGACUGGGAAGAUGAAACUGUAGAAUUUCGUCAGUGGGGUAUACCACUCUCUCGGAGAUUCCGGGCUCUAAAGCUGUGGCUUGUAUUGAGAUGCUAUGGUAUUAAUGGAAUACAAUACCAUAUUAAGAGACAUUGUCAUUUAGCCAAACUCUUUGAGUCCUACAUAAAGAAAGAUAAGCGUUUUAUACUGAUGAAUGAUUGCUUGAUGGGAGUGGUAUGCUUCCGAGUAGCCCAGUUGGAUGAUUAUGAGUCUGUUACUGAAGAUCAACUGACACAGCUGCUGUUGGCUCUAAUUAAUGUAUCAGGGAAAGUUAGUGGAACACCAGUUUAUGUACAGAGUUUCUUUUCAAUCAGACUUUGUAUAUGCUAUGACAGUGUUACAGAAGAACAAAUAGCUAAUGCAUGGACAGCUAUCAGUAAUUGUCUGGCCAUAUUAGAAACAUAUUUUACUGAGCGUGCUCAGUUUUCUAUGAGAAAACCUCUCAGCUAUAAAGAACAAAUUGAGUAUCUGGACUUCUUAAGAAGUAACAGCUCCACUAGAAGCAUACCACAGUCGGAGUACAGAAGACUGGCUUAUGGAGCGAAACUUAAUGACUUUUAUUCGCCAAUUUACGUCCCUGAAAGCGACGAUGACUUAGCUGAGAAGAUAGACUUGGGCAAGCUGCUGAAACGAGGUGGUAGAUUUUCUAUCUGA